GCUGCUCUUGGUUCGUUCCUUCAGCUCCCGUAGCUCUGGCGGAAUCUGCGCGAUGGGUGACCCGGAAAGGCCGGAAGCGUCCAGGCCCGAGCUGGGUGAGAGGUUGUCUUCAGAUUCCAAUGAAAAUGAAGUGAAGUCAAAUGAAGAGCCACUCCUACGAAAGAGUUCUCGCCGAUUUGUCAUCUUUCCAAUCCAGUACCCUGACAUUUGGAAAAUGUAUAAAAAGGCACAGGCAUCCUUCUGGACAGCAGAAGAGGUUGACUUAUCAAAGGAUCUCCCUCACUGGAACAAGCUUAAAUCUGAUGAGAAGUAUUUUAUCUCUCACAUAUUAGCCUUUUUUGCAGCCAGUGAUGGCAUUGUGAAUGAAAAUUUGGUGGAGCGCUUUAGUCAGGAGGUUCAGGUUCCAGAGGCUCGCUGUUUCUAUGGCUUUCAAAUUCUCAUCGAGAAUGUUCACUCAGAGAUGUACAGUUUGCUAAUAGACACGUACAUCAGAGAUCCCAAGAAAAGGGAAUUUUUAUUUAAUGCAAUUGAAACAAUGCCAUAUGUUAAGAAAAAAGCAGAUUGGGCCCUACGAUGGAUAGCAGAUAGAAAAUCUACUUUUGGGGAAAGAGUGGUGGCUUUUGCAGCUGUAGAAGGGAUUUUCUUCUCGGGAUCUUUUGCUGCUAUAUUCUGGCUGAAGAAAAGAGGUCUUAUGCCUGGACUCACUUUUUCCAAUGAACUCAUCAGCAGAGAUGAAGGACUUCACUGUGACUUUGCUUGCCUGAUGUUUCAAUACUUAGUAAAUAAGCCAUCAGAAGAAAGGGUCAGGGAGAUCAUUGUUAAUGCUGUUGAAAUUGAGCAGGAGUUUCUAACAGAAGCCUUGCCAGUUGGCCUCAUUGGAAUGAAUUGUGUUUUGAUGAAACAAUAUAUUGAGUUUGUAGCUGACAGAUUACUUGUGGAACUUGGAUUCUCAAAGGUUUUUCAGGCAGAAAAUCCCUUUGAUUUUAUGGAAAACAUUUCUUUGGAAGGGAAAACAAAUUUCUUUGAGAAACGAGUUGCAGAGUAUCAACGUUUUGCAGUUAUGGCAGAAACUACAGAUAAUGUCUUCACCCUGGAUGCAGAUUUUUAG